AUGAGACCGGCCAAGCCAUUCAGCAAAUCGUUGCUUGGAGUUCAACACUCCAAUGCCAUAUAUCCCAGGCCGCCUCCAGCCACGCGUUUCCUCAAUGAGGAGGAAUACCCAGACAAGAAAAAGGCAAGACAUUUACGAGCUUCUGCAGCGCUUCUGCUGACCCCAGGUCUUAUCCUCUCCAUUCUGGAGCCAUGUUCGGCAUACUAUUUGGUGUGGUCCUUCCUGGCCUGCCACCUUGCGCUCCUAAAACUGUUGCGCGACGAUGCCGGCGAGCGGGCUUCGCUCUUUGUUGCUGCCUUUCUGGCUUUUCAUGGUGGCCAUGCCCUUGCUGAACUUCGAUCCUGGCUGCUGGCCGCAGACGGCGCAGACUCCCUGGGGCCAUGGUCGAUCGUGGUCAUAUUU